AUGAAAGAGCAAGCAUUUGAAAAUGAUCAACUGGGGUUUACUCUACAAAGUCUUAACUUGAAAUCUAAGGAACCUGGCUAUGUAAAUUUUCGUCCUGCUAGUGAAAUUAAUGAGGACGUAUUGUGGCAAAUUUUCGGGGGUAUUGUACAGUCAAACUCUGAAACAAUCAAAUCUACGGACACGUUUAAAGUAGAGUGCACUCGAAUUAACCUCCCUGUGGGAUCUGGAAGAGUAAGACCAGGCUUGUACAAUACUUUUGACGAGGAGUGUAAAGCAAGGAAAGGAAUUGUUGUCAUUAAUAAUAAGGACAAUCUGUGUCUUCCUAGAGCUUUGGUAGUGGCUAUAGCUAAAAUAACAAAUGAUCCCGACUAUAAUCUGAUUUGUAAAGAUCGUAGACAGAGACAAACUGAUAGAGCUCAAGAGCUUGUACGUCAUGCUAGAGUAGAAAUGCCCAAGAAUGGUGCAGGAAUCCCAGAACUUGAAAAAUUCCAAAGUUUCUUAAAGGACUACAAAAUUGUUGUGUACAACUAUGACAGGAAAGGACGUGAUGUAUACUUUGAGGGAAAUGUAGAAAAUCCAAAAAUCAAAAUUAAUUUACUGUUUCACAAUGGGCACUACAAUGUGAUUAAUAGUUUGACUGCAGCAUUUGCAUGUGUCUACUUCUGUGAAGCCUGUCAUAUCCCGUAUGAUCACAAAGGUAAGCACCGAUGCUCAAACAUCUGCCCACAGUGUCAGACUAUUUCACCCCCUUGUGUAGAGGAGCAUGGUGGUAUUCUGUGCCCUAAAUGUAACAUGACCUAUCGAAACCAGGAAUGUUUUAUUGCACAUGAAAUUGAUAAAUGCAAAUUGGUAAAAAAGUGUCUAGACUGUGGAAAGCUUAUUCGAAUUAAAGAACGGUCUAAGCCUCAUAAAUGUGGUGAAGUAUUUUGUAAGCCUUGUGGUUCAUUUGAAGACGCUAACCACAAAUGCUAUAUGAAACCUGACAAAAGAAAGCCUAAAUCCAAAGACUUUUUGUUCAUUUUCUUUGACUUGGAAACACGUCAAGAUGAGUCCCUUUCCUCAGAUUCAGACGCUAAGGUUCAUAAAGUAAAUUUGUGUGUGUCACAACAGUUUUGCCAUGAGUGUGUUGACGGAAAGUGUUGCACAACAUGUGAAAACCGUACAAGAAUCUUUAAAUCAAACCCUGUUGAUCAGUUCAUGAACUAUGUGAUGCAAGUCCGUAAAACAUUCAAAGACGUCUGUGUCAUUGCACACAAUGGGCAGGGUUUUGACUUCCAAUUUUUGCUCAAGUAUGUGCUAGAAGAUACAAAGUUCACUCCAAAACUUGUAAUGCGGGGAACUAAGGUCAUUUUGAUGGAGAUUGACAAUGUGAGGUUUAUUGAUUCACUAAGUUACUUCCCCAUGCCUCUUGCUGCCCUGCCCAAGGCCUUUGACCUGCCUCCAGAAAAGAAGAAAGGCUAUUUUCCCCACCUCUUCAACACCCUUGAGAAUCAAAAUUAUGUGGGCCCUAUACCGGAAAAAAAGUUUUACUGCCCAGAAUCAAUGUUUCAAAAAUCACACAAAGAUUUUGAAAACUGGUAUAAUGAUCAGGUAGCAAACCACGUUACAUUUGACUUUAAAAAAGAAAUCCUCGAGUACUGUGUAUCAGACGUUGAUAUCUUGGCCCAAGCUUGUUUAAAGUUCCGCUCAAUUUUCCUCCAAGAGUGUAAUGUGGAUCCGUUUCUUGAAGCUGUAACCAUCGCCAGUGCUUGUAACUUGGCCUUCCGUCGGAAUUUUUUGAAACCUAAAACAGUUGGUUUGAUCCCAAAGAACGGGUAUAGGCUUACAGACGCCCAAUCAGCCAUUGCGUUACAGUGGCUAUCGUGGGAAGAGGAGAAACGUGGAAUAAGAAUUGAACAUGCUGGUCGUGGAAAAGAAGUUAAGAUCAAUGGAAUGAAGGUUGAUGGGUAUGAUGGUCAAAAUAUUUAUGAAUUUCAAGGCUGCUACUUUCAUGGCUGUCCUAAAUGCUUUCCCUAUGACCGUGAACUUGCUUUGAAAGAAGAUCCCUCUGACUCACUCCAUUUGCGAUAUGAACGGACCAAAUCGAAAAUAGCAAAGUUGGGUGAUAACGUCGUACAAAUGUGGGAAUGUGAGUUUAGAAAGUUAAAAAAGACAGAAAACCUAAAACAUCUAGACAAGUUGCCGAUACUCAACAAUUUACCCCUGAAUCCGAGGCGAGCAUUUUUUGGGGGCCGAACCGGGAAUGCCAAAACCUACCACAAAUGCGCCGAAGGGGAAACCAUUGAAUACGUUGAUGUGUGCUCUCUCUAUCCUUGGGUGUGUAAAUACGGCAAAUACCCUGUAGGCCAUCCGACAAUCUAUGUAGGAGACAAAGAGUGUAGGCAGAGAGGUCUUAAUGUCGAAGGCCUAUUAAAGUGUAAAGUACUCCCACCUCGUGAGCUCUAUCACCCCGUUCUCCCAGCCAAAAUAAAUGACAAGUUAAUGUUUGUUUUGUGUGCGACAUGUGGAGAAACUCAAAAUCAGAAGAAUUGUGUAUGUAAAACUGAGGAGAGAGUUUUAACAGGAACCUGGACAAUGGAUGAAAUUCGUAAAGCUGUAGGAAAAGGCUACAUUAUCUUAGAAAUGUUUGAACUUUGGGAGUAUAAGGUAGCCACAUAUGAGAAUGGGGGGUUGUUUACAGAUUUUAUAAAUAAAUUUCUAAAAAUGAAACAGGAAGCGUCAGGGUUCCCAGGCUGGUGUAAGACUGAUGAGGACAAAAACAAGUACAUUGAUGACUAUUUUAAAAAAGAGGGUGUCCAACUGGAAAAAGACAAAAUUAUUAAAAAUGGUGGAUUGAGGUCGUUGGCUAAACUUAUGUUGAACUCGUUUUGGGGCAAGUUUGGCCAACGAGAAAAUCAGACCAAAGCUACAAUCGUCAGGGAUUCAAAAACACUUUUUAAGAUGUUUUCAAGUCCUGAAAUAGAUGUAAAUAGAGUGCAGAUUGUCAAUGACGAGGUUGUUGUUGUCAGCUGGGAGUACAUUGAUGAGGUUGGUGAGCCAUUGCAAAAUGUUAAUGUUGUGGUGGCAGCUUACACUACUGCCCAAGCGAGAUUGAAGCUCUAUGAGCAUCUAGAUUCCCUGGGUGGUCAAGUAUUGUAUUACGAUACUGAUUCUGUACUAUAUGUAUAUAAGGGUAGUUUGUAUAGAGUUCCCACAGGAGAUUAUCUCGGUGAAAUGACCGAUGAGUUGACCGAGUAUGGACCCGGGUCAUACAUUACAGAAUUUGUAUCCGGAGGUCCAAAGACCUAUGCAUACCUUGUCUGGUCAACCAAUAAACAAACAUUGAUUCCCGUUUGUAAAAUUAAAGGUCUCACUCUCAAUAUGAAAACCUCAAAAACAGUUAACUUUGACAAAUUAAAAGAAAUGGUAUUGAGUGAAGUAAAGCAGUCCAUUGAUAUCGAAGAAAACAGAAUAAGAAGAACCAAAGAAAGAGAUAUUAUUUCCAUAACAGAAUGCAAAGUAUUUAAAAUCACAGGUCCUAAAAGAAAGUUUGAAGGAGAGUAUGGAACGUUACCAUUUGGUUAUAGUAAGGCUCCUAGAGUACAGUAA